AUGAGUCGCCUUAGAAAUGGGAGGUAUGAAACAAAAUUAUUAUGGAAGGAGGGUUGUAACACAUUGAACAGUAAUUAUGAAGUUGCAGAAAGACGUUUGAUAAGCCUAAAUAAUAAAUUCAGACAUGAUCUGCAUCUGUAUUUUCGUUAUAAAGAAAUAAUUAAUGAACAGUUAAGGGAUGGUAUUAUUGAGCAAGUUGCAUUUCAUGGAGAUUGUGAUAGGAAAAUUGGUUAUUUUAUGCCUCAUCAUGCUGUAGUACGCGAAUCAAAGGAAAGUACGAAAGUUAAGAUUGUGUAUGAUGCGUCGUCGAAAGUUAGGGAUGGGCAGUCGUUGAAUGAUUGUUUAGAUAGUGGUCCCAACCUUAAUCCAGAUUUGCUCAGGAUUAUUUUAAGAUUUCGUUAUCAUCCAAUUGCGUUUUUUGCUGAUAUUCAGAGAGCAUUUUUAGAGAUUGGCAUAGCAGAGGAGGAUCGAAAGUUUUUCCAGUUUUUAUGGAGAAAUGAGGGGGGAACCGAACUUGAUUUCAAUGGUCGUGAUAUCAGAAUUUUACGAAUGAUACGUGUUCCUUUUGGCGUGAAAUGCAGUCCUUUUAUUUUGACAGCAACUAUACGACUUCAUUUAAAGAAAUAUGCAAAUUCACACAGUGAAGUUUUCUAUUUUGAGAGAACUUUAUGUUGA